AUGAACUCAUUUAUCGAUAUCAUAUCUCCUCACCUCAAACUAUCACAUUAUGAAUCAUCAUCUUUGAUGGAUCAGGCUGAUGAUGACGAUUCAUUGUUAUUAUCAACGAUUAAAUCAAAAUAUUUCCAUAAUAAAUUAAUCAUAACUCAUAAAUCAACCAUGAAACAUUUGAAUCGAAUUCAUCAUUUAAAAUCUCCCUUUCUAACAUUCUUGAAACAACAAUGUCAUGUGAAUCUUAACCGAUCAAAAUAUCACAUUACCGUUAUGAAUGAUAAUGACAAUGAUGACGAUGGAUUAAUUGGAGAAUGUAUGAUUCACACAAAACAUCCUAACAAUAGCCGUCAAAUGUUCAAUCUAAAAGAUUCUAUUCUUAAACUUUUACCAGUAAAUUGUUUACAACUUGAUCAAUCGAUAUAUGAGAAAUUCAAACAAUCCCAUCUAUUAAAGAUUAAAUUAAUAAUGGAUCAUCAUACUAAAGGUUAUUUAAUCAAUUUGACUCGUCUUAGAUUGAAUGUGGGGGAAUCAUCUAAUAGGUUUAAAGUUCACCAUAAGUCUCAUCGUAAUGAGGGAUAUUAUAUGGAUAAUGAUUAUGUGGAAGUAGGAUAUAUUAGAGGAUUGUAUCAUUUAAACCUACCGCGUUUGAUUGAGAUUAAUGAUGAGAUUGAUUUAUUUCAAUUUGAACAAUGUAAAUUAUCAGACUAUUCGCUUAAGGAUGGGUGUAUUACAUUUGAUAAGUUAGAAUCAGUCAAAUCAUACAACGUUAAUGAUGAUUUUAUAUUCCCUUGUUGGAAUAAUAACUCUGAUAUAUUGAUUAAUUUUCAAAAAUCAAUUAUAUCAUCCAUAAAAUGCCAGGAUAAUGAUUCUACCUAUUAUAAUACUGAUUCAUUUCAUACUUAUUUAAUCGAUAUGGAUAAAGUUACAGAAUCAAGUAAGUAUAAAGUCCACUCUCAAGUUAAUUUUAAUAAAGAUAUCAAAUUGUACACUACAUCUGAUAUUUUUCAUAAUGUCUAUUUUAAGUAUCAAUUUAUACGAUAUUUCAAAGUAUGGAAUUUAUCUCCCUAUCAAUUGAUUCAUAAAUUAGAAUGGAUGCCAUUUACUUCUGAUGUGAAUGAAAUUAAGCUCUUUAAAUUAUGUGGAGAAGAUGUAUUUGAGGAUAGAGAAGUGAAUUGUCGUAUUGAUCAUGAUGGGUUGAUCAUAUUUAAAAGGGUCAUGACUGAUGAAUUCUUACUUGGAGAUUAUGGUAAAAUUCCUCCAUGCGAUGAUGUAAAACCAAUUAAUAUUUAUCAAGAAAUAACACUUUCUGAUCCGGAAAAGUCUCUAACUAUUGUUGAUACUUCUACUGAAAUCUCUACUAACGUUUUAACUAAUGUCGCUACUUUCAACGAUAAUGAUGAUGAUGAUGAAUUUGAAAAUUUGAUUAAAAUAAAACGACAAAAAUUAUCCAACACUAAUAAUUCUAAUACCCCAUUUGAAUUUCCUCAAUAUUUAUCAUUUUAUCUGUUUAUGAAAGAACCAAAUGUCUCUCAAUCUACUGAAAUCUCUAAUUCAAAACUAAAUUCUUCCCAAUUUAAAUUCGAUAUGCCUUUACCAAUAAUAAAUUCUCACCAUUAUAUUCUUAUAAACUCUACUAUGUUAAAGAAACAUUAUCCUAUUUUCAAACAAUUACAAUUGAAAAUUAAUAUUCUUGAAGUUAAAUUAAUUGAUGAGGUGGAUUUUGUGAUUAAUUCCAGUACAGGCAUUAUCAUUCUCGAUUAUAUUCAAAUCAUUCAAAGAGAUCUUAAUGGUCAAUUUCUUAUCAUUGAUACGUUACUAAAAUCAUGUCGGAAUUAUAACCAACUAUAUGUUUUGAUAGUGAUGAAUUCUAGUAUCUUUAAUAAUAGUGAACCCUUAACUAACUUUCAAUUAAUGUGUCAUUAUCAUCCUCUGUUAAAGUCAAUUAGAAUCUUAAUUAUUAAUCGUGAGAAUAUUUUCCCCUGGAUGAUGAAUAUCAUGAAGAAAGAACCACCUCAAGAUUUAUCCCACUUAAAUCAAAAUAAGUUCGAUUUAAAUCAUGAGAGUGUAACCUUCCUAAUUGAAUGUGGAUUAAAUUAUUUCCAAACUUUAAUCAUUUUAAAUCGUUAUUCAUUAUUUGAUUUCAUUCAAUUAUCAAUUGAUGAAAAGAUCACUCUAUUUGAUAAGUUCAUUCCCAAACCAUCUUUAGUAAGUUUUACCCGUUCUUUCUCCAUUGAUCAUUGUCUCCACCUCAUUAACUAA